CUUGCCGGUGCAGGGGACCAUGCUCCGGAGCGUGGCGAGGUGCGCGUUGAUCCUCUCCCUCCGCCGCCGCUCCGCUUCGCUGUGGCUCCUAAGGGCCGUCGCCGCUUUCUCCUCCCGCGCUCCCCCCUUCCUCUUCGGCACGUCCGCGGCGGCGGCUGCGGCCAGCUCCCCCGUCCCGCCAUCCAGCAGGACCGACGACGACGUCGACGCUCCCAGAUGCUGGCCAAAGCCAUACAACGGAGGCCAACAGGAAGGAAACAACAGCGAGACCGACGGCCUGGUUCCCAAGAACACGGUGGUCCAGACAGGUCAAAAAAGACCUUCUCCCAAGGUCAAUCGCCUCAGAAAUGGCGAGACCCUUGGGGAGCAAAGCCGUGUCGUUGCGCCGCAGGAGGACAGGAUCAGACACAAGAAGGAGAAGGGCACAAGGAUCGUAGCUUGCUCCCUCAGACUACGAGUCGUAGGAACACAAAUCAAAGAGGCAAAUCGAGAGAGAGGAGUAAGCAGAAGACAAGAACACAGAGCAGGCUCAGCUCAGGUGCCCGGAGGCCGGUUGGGAGGGCAGGACCAUGAGGGGAGCUCGACGCGCCGUAGCUUCCUCUGCUCGGACUCCACCCUGCUCCCGCCGGCGUCGGUCCUCGGCGUGCCGCCAUGCGCUUCCAUCAUCGCCAUCGAUGGACUUCCGCUCGAGGGCUAG